GGGUUGAGGCGUUGCCAGCUUCGGCUAAUCUACCACGAGCCUCUGGACCUGCGGACGUGCGCAUCUCAUUUCGUCUCCAAAUUCAUCCGAUUCCUGGAUGCCGCCUCGUCCCACCCAGUCUUUCGUGCACGCAAUGAUACCAACAGCCGCGCAAAAUGAACAGGGCAGAACGUUGGGGCUGCAACUUCCCAUUGGGUGAAGCCUCACCACGACGGUGACGGAAGGCGCGACCAUGCCGCGAAGAGCUCUAGCUUCUUCAGUAUUAGCGCGGCCCGAGCGUAGAUCGCGCUAAAACUCUGGGCGGUAUCAAUUCUCGAACUUUUUUGCAAAGGCGCAUCCACACCGUCGAGCAACAACCAUACAAACUCGCCAUGGCUUCCGUAUACAAGACCCUGUCCGGCGCGGAGAAAGACGAGAAGGAGAUGGGCGAGAAGAGAAACAAGCAGCGAGUCCUCAUUCUGAGUUCAAGAGGUGUUACCUUCCGACACCGACAUUUGCUGCAAGACCUGUACUCGUUGAUGCCCCACAGCCGGAAAGAGGCCAAACUCGACACCAAGACUAAGCUCUACCAACUCAAUGAACUGGCAGAACUCUACAAUUGCAACAACAUCCUCUUUUUCGAAGCCCGUAAGGGUAAGGAUCUCUACUGCUGGAUGUCCAAGCCACCAAACGGCCCUACUGUAAAGAUGCACCUGCAAAACUUGCACACCAUGGAAGAGCUCAACUUCAUCGGCAACUGUCUCAAGGGAUCGCGGCCAGUUCUUUCUUUCGACGCUGCGUUCGACAAGCAGGCCCAUUUGCGCGUGAUCAAGGAGCUCUUCACCCAGAUUUUCGGCGUUCCCAAGACGAGCCGAAAAGUCAAGCCUUUUGUAGACCACGUGAUGGGCUUCACAGUCGCAGAUGGCAAGAUCUGGAUUCGCGUAUUUCAAAUCAACGAAAGUGAGCCUGGAAAGAAGAAGCCUGUCGACGGCGAGGAGAUGGAUGUCGAUGAGGCGCCCAAGAAGAAGAAGGGCGGUGAAUUCGACGUCAGCCUUGUCGAGAUCGGUCCCCGUUUCGUACUUACCCCCAUCAUCAUCCAGGAGUCCAGCUUCGGAGGUCCUAUCAUCUAUGAGAACAAGGAGUUCGUCUCGCCCAACCAGAUCCGUUCCGACUUGAGGAAAUCAAAGGCCGGCAGAUUCAACAGGAGGACCGAUGCGCAGAGGGAUACGCUACUCAAGCACCAAGAUCUGGGACUUACGUCGCACGGUGGACGCAAGAAGGAGAAGGAUCCGCUCAGCGACAACGUACUAUUCGCGUAAGAUUGAUGGCAAUGUUUCGAGGGAAGGCAAAAAUGGCGUUUAUGGAAUGCAUAAAUAUAGGUCGGCGUCGAUUUCUUGCUGGGCACGUGCCUGUAUAUAGCGA